AUUUGUUUCCACAGGGACAACAUUGCCGAGCGCACUGGUUGUUGUACUGCUAAAAACAAUACGUUUACGGGGAAACUGUUAAAUUUUAAUUUAUGGUUAUUUACACGCCAUGUGCUGAAAAAAAGAGAUGUCAAUGUCGCAUCUUUAUGGUCGAAGAGGGGAGGAGGAGGCAGAGGAGGAAGCAGGGAUAGAGGUGGAGAGCUUUGAGGUAACAGACUGGGAUUUGGCCAAUGAAUUCAAUGCAAACCGCGUCAAACACAGACAGACCAAGGAAGAGGCCACUUACGGCAUCUGGGCUGAGAAGGACUCUGAUGAAGAUGAGAGGCCCAGCUUUGGAGGCAAGAGGUCUAAGGACUAUGCUGCUCCAGUGAACUUUGUAAGUGCAGGGCUGCGUAAGAGUGCUGCAGAAGAGAAGCAGCAAAAAGGUGAAAAAGGCACUGAUGAGUCUGAUGAAGACACCAGUGUUACUCCUUCCCUUGCUGCACCCAAAAAACUCCAAAUGGGUAACUUGCGUGGAAAAAAGUCCCACAGAUUUGUAGCUGGCAUACAGUCAGGGAAAGGAAUUGGCAGCUGGGAAAAGCACACAAGAGGGAUUGGACAAAAACUGCUGCAGAAAAUGGGAUACGAACCAGGAAAAGGCUUGGGCAAGAAUGCUCAAGGUAUUAUAAACCCCAUUGAAGCAAAGGUUCGCAAAGGCAAGGGAGCAAUCGGUGCCUAUGGUGAGGAACAAACCAAACAGUCUCUUCAGGAUUUUCCUGUGGUUGACUCAGAAGAGGAGGAGGACAAGGAGUUUCAGAAAGAGCUAGGCCAGUGGCGUAAGGAUCCUGGAGGCUCCGGAGGAAAGAAGAAGCCCAAAUACUCGUACAAGACUGUCGAAGAGCUGAAGGCUAAAGGGAAGCUGGCAGGGAGGAGUACAGCCACAACUGGUGGAGAUUCUAUCAAACUUAAGAUAAUAGAUAUGACUGGAAAGCAGCAGAAGGUUUAUUACAAUUACAGUCAGAUGACCAACAGACACAGUGUUCCAGAUGAAGGUCCACCGAAUAUAUCUGCGAAGGAUGAGAAAGGAUCUGGCUUUGCACUUCCUGAGCUCGAACAUAACCUGCAGUUACUGAUCGAUCUCACGGAACAGGACAUAUUACAGUCAGCCAGACGACUUCAGCAUGAAAGAGAUGUAGUGGUGUCUCUUUGCCACGAGUCGUCUGCACUGCAGACUAGACUUAAGACAGAGCAGGAGGCCAUCCAGAGGAUGGAGGCUGUCUUGGCUCUGGUGGAGCGAUUUCCGUCUGGGGAGACAGCACCAGGGGAAGGGCCGACUCUACAGGAAUGUGCUUGCAUCUUUAAGACCUUGCAAGAAGACUAUUAUGAAGAAUACGUGACAAUGGCACUGGCUGACUUGGCUGCAGCUGUCAUUCACCCAUUACUCAUAGCAAAAGUUCGCUCCUGGGAUCCUCUGAAGGACAGCUCUUACUGCCUGGAAGACAUUGGUCAGUGGAGAGCAAUCCUCGAAUCCAGAGACGUCCUCUCGACUGCUCCAGAUUCAAAAAUGGACCCUUACCACAGACUGUUGUGGGAGGUGUGGAUCCCGGUGAUGCGGUCCUGUGUGUCAAGCUGGCAGCCUCGUAUGGUCGGGCCAAUGGUGGAUUGUGUGGAGGUGUGGUCUCCUCUUCUCCCCGUGUGGAUCCUGGAUCACCUGCUGGAGCAGUUUGUUUUACCCCGGCUGCAGCGAGAGGUGGACAGUUGGAACCCAUUAACUGACACAGUGCCCAUCCACUCCUGGCUCCACCCUUGGCUGCCUCUGCUCCAGUCACGGCUUGAGCCCCUUUACCCGCCCAUCAGGAGCAAACUAGCUAACGCCUUACAGCGCUGGCAUCCCAGCGACGCCUCGGCCCGCCUCAUCCUGCAGCCGUGGAAAGAUGUGUUCACUCCAGGAGCAUGGGAGGCCUUCAUGGUGAAAAACAUAAUUCCCAAAUUAGCUCUUUGUCUGGGAGAGCUUGUUAUUAACCCUCACCAGCAGCAGAUGGAGCCAUUUCACUGGGUAAUGGACUGGGAGGGAAUGCUGUCUCCUUCCAGUCUGGUGUCCUUGCUGGACAAAAACUUCUUCUCAAAGUGGCUGCAGGUGCUGUGUUCAUGGCUGGGCAACAGUCCUAAUUAUGAGGAAAUUACUAAGUGGUACCUAGGUUGGAAGAGCAUGUUCAGUGAUAUCUUAUUGGCACAGCCACUAAUAAAAGAGAAAUUCAAUGAAGCUUUGGACAUCAUGAACCGUGCAGUAUCUACAGGCAUGGGUGGAUAUAUGCAACCAGGUGCAAGAGAGAAUAUUGCAUAUCUCACUCAGACGGAGAGGCGAAAGGAUUUCCAGCAUGAAGCGAUGCAGGAGCGCCGGGAUGCUGAAAAUGUUGCUCACAGGAGCAUUAGUGCUGGUGUGCCGACAAAUUUUAAAGAUCUUAUCCAGGCCAAAGCAGAGGAGAACAACAUUGUCUUCAUGCCCUUGGUGGCCAAACGGCAUGAGGGAAAACAGCUGUACACGUUUGGGCGUAUUGUCAUUUACAUCGACAGAGGGGUUGUGUUUGUGCAAGGAGAGAAGACGUGGGUGCCCACAUCUUUACAGAGUCUGAUAGAUAUGGCCAAGUGAACGUGGCACCCAGAGUCUUUGUUAUGCCAACUGUAAAGAACAGCUGGAGUAAUGCAUCUUCUUUUUAAGGAAAUCUUAGUAGAAUUAGUCAUAGUCUUCUUUGUCUUGCCGUAUUUGUAAAAUGUUUAUAAAGAUGUCAAUAAAUAACUUUUGUCUGUA